UUUCGUUACGGACAAAAGAAAUCGUUCCUUUAUUUCAAAAUGAAUCAGAAUCAAAACGCAAACGAAUUUGAUUUGAAUUUCGCAGCCGCCUUAACCCCAAGUCUUAUUCUCUUGGGUUUUCAAUUUUCAUGGAAGAUAGGUGGUUAGGUUUCCGUUGCACCGGAUUGUUCUUCUUCUCUUCUGCUAGAUUCGAAGAAAGGAGGAAUUAAAGAUCAGUGUUUGCGAAAUUAGGGCUCAAUUUCGUCAUUUCUUUUUAUCCGCAACUAGUAAGUGUUUGUUUGAGCUUUGGGACUGAGUUUUCUCAAGAUCUGGUUCAAUGGAUCCUCUCCUUUCCAGGUAUUCUUCUUCUCUCUCUAAUAUGGAUCAUGGGUACCACCACAAUGCCACCUUUAAUGGAGUUCACACACAGCCACGCCAUUAUUCCAGUCAAAAUUAUGCCGAGGCACAGCACCUUAUCCCCCAUGACCUUAGAAUUAGGGCAAUUAGGGCAGUGGGGGAACGACCCGUUGAUAACUUGCUUGGGGUAUUCGAAAGGGGUCAUAGAACCAAUCCUCCAAGCCAUGGUCCAGACGUUGGAUAUAGGGAUGAAUAUUGCCAAAGAAGAGGGUCAAUUGGAAGAAACCAGAUGCCUGAGGGCUUAAGCCAUGGAACAUCAGCUUCAGAUUGGGAUAGGGCUAGAGAACAUGGUUAUCAUAGGAAUCGGGAAGGGCAUAUAUACUUUUCGUGUAGGGAAAGUAACUGUUCUUCUGGGCAUGGCGACAGUUUGGAUCCUUAUCGAGAAGGUUAUCGGCCUCCACCAAGUGGAGACACUGGUUCAAUUGGUGUGCUUGGGAAGAGAUAUAGAGGGGAAGAAGUUAGGGAUUCUUGGAUGAAUGAGUAUGAUGGGCGAUUUAGAGCUGAUCAAUUUGAUUCUGGGGCCCAGGGUUUUGAACCUUGCAGCUUUUCAGAAGAGCUUAGGGAAGUUUGCACGAAUGGGUAUGUUAAGCCUUUCAGAGCUGAUCAAUGUGAUUAUAGGGCACAGGGUUUGGAACCGCCGAGGAAUUCGGCAGAAAUUAGGGAAGGUUGGACAAACAGGUUAGAUAAGCCAUUUAGAGCUGAUCAAUUUGAUUCUAGGGUGCAGGGUUUUGAAACUCCGAGGAGUUCAGAAGAAGUUAGGAAAUGUUGGGCAAAUGGCUAUGAUAAGCGAUUCAGAGCCGAUCAAAUUGAAUCUAGGGCACAGGGUCCUGGGCCUCGGAAUUUUUCGGAAGAUUAUGAAAAGCGAUUCAGAACAGAGCAAUUUGAUUCUAGGGUACAGGAUUUUGAGCAUCGGAGUCGUUCAAGGUCCCCUUCUAAUAUGAAGUGUGUGGAGAGGGAUAAGAAUCAUUUUCAUUCUUCUCGGAGAAGGGACAAGAACAACAGGUUUUCAGACUCGUUUCAAAGUCCUUCUACUUCCAAAGCUUGCUCCAGUUUCCGUGAAUUUGCAGAGAGAGAAACAAGAGGUUCCCCAUUGAGGUAUUCUGGUCAGCAUUCUCACAGUAGCCAUGGAUUUAGUUUAAUAGAUGGCCAAAAUGGGGGGUUUGCAAAAUUCAGCCAUAGGAUUGCUUUGGAGAAGAAAAAUGACAAUGCCUCUUCUAAAGAAUUUAGUACGUUUGAAUACACUGAUAAUAAUCAUGCUUUAAUAGAUAAACACAAAGAAUAUGACUGUUCAACCAGGGAUUUGGCGAUAAGCACCCCAGAGCAAGUUGGAUCUGGAAAAAAGAAGGAAAUAGUCGAAGAUUGUAAUGCUUCUUCUAGGGUUCAACGAAAUAAUGUUAGGGAGAAAGGCAAACGUCUUGUAUCCCAUUCUGAACAGAAAAGUCUUGAAGUCCUCACCGGUAAAAUCCAUGUAGAAAGAGCAAUGAGAAGGUCUGUUACACCCGAAAAUAAGACACUGGACUGUGAAGAGUUGCCUUGCAAGCGAGGGGUUGUGAUUGCAGACAAUAGGGUGGCUACAAAUCCUUUUGUUGAAUCUAAAUGUGAUGGUUCAAACUUGAGCAGUAAAACCCAUGAAGAAGUUACAACAAAUAAGUCAGCUACACCAGAAAAUAGGAAUCUGGGUAUUGAAGAGUCCCUUUGCAAGUCCAGAGUUGGUAUGUCAGACAAUGGGGCGACCGGCGGUCUCUCUGUUACAUCCAACUUAAAUGCUUUAACCCUAAUGAGUAAAAAGGCCCAUCUAGAAGUUCUUCGGAAGAGGUCACUUACACCAGAAAAUAGGACUCUAGAUAUUGAAGAGUCGUUUUGCAAGUCCAAAUUGGAGAUCUUGACUGAUGGUGUGGGGACAGAUGCUUCUCUUGCAUCCACCUCUAUUUGUUUAAGCCUCACAAGUAGAACCGAUGUAGGUAGUGUCCCAAAGCAGACAGUUACAUCCGGCAAUAUGAUUUUGGAGUUUGAAGAGUUGCCUUGUAAGUCUGGACUUGAGAUUUUGGACAAUGGAGUGGCCACUGAUCUUUCUGUGAUAUCCAAAUCUGAUGGAUUAAGCCUUACCAGCAAAACCCAUGUAGAAGUUGCACCACAGAGGUCAGAUGCACUGGAAAAAAAGACUCUGGACCAUGAGGCGUCAGGAAUUGAAAAUUUGGACAGCAGGAUGGUUACAGAUCUCUUGACUAUACCCAAAUCCGAUGCCCUGAAUACCCAGGGGACAUUAGCCCUAGUGCCUUCUGUAGUUCACAAUGGAAAGUCCUGUGUAAAGGAGGAAGAGAAGGAGAAGAAGAAGAGGGAAAACAAGAAAACUAUAGUCUCUGACUCCGUUCUCAUGGUUUCUGAAGUUGGUAAAACAAAAGGAGGAAAGGGAGUCCGAGACUUGUGUCUUGUUCCUGAUGUCACUGCUGCAGGCCUUGUUGGUGAAGGUCGUACAGCAUCUGCAACUGUAUUGCAAAAUGGGUCUACUGAUCAUCCCAAUCCUAGUGGAAUGAGAUUAGAAGUUCCUGCUAUUGCUGAUGGUAAUGCUUGUGCGAAGGUGUUAGAGAUGAAGAAGAAGAAAAAGCGGAGGAAGAAAAAGAACAUUGUAGUCUCUGGUUCUGAUCUCAGCUGUUCCGAAGGGGGUAGAACAGAAGUAGGGAAGCAGAUCCGAGAUCUAGGUCUUGUUCCUGAAAUCACCGUUGGAGGUCAUGUUGGUGAAUGCUGCACUAUAGAUGCAAAUUUGAAGCAAAAUGGAAACGAUCCAUUUGAUCCCAGUGCUAUGGUUGUGGAAGAUGCUUUAGUAUCCCAGGAUAAAGAUGGUGGCAAUAAGUUCAACUUUGUUAUCCUUAUGGAUGGAGGAGGUCGCAAAGAACCAAAUUGUGAUUAUCAACAGAGUAGUGAGUAUGGUAUCAUGAAGACAUCUGCUACUGAUAAACAGGAUGGUUUCAUUUCAAUUGAAUCUAAUGAUGAAAGCUUUUUACAUUCUGUUAAAGAUGACUGCCUCGAUCCACUGAAAUUGCAAGUAAUGACACCUGAGCCGGUGUAUGUUUCAUCUUCAGAAAUCCAAUUUUCAGGUCCAGAGAAGCACUUGGGCCAUGAAAUUGUGGAGAGUGACAGCCAUAAUGUUAUUACAAAGAAUUGUGUGUCUCAAAGCGAGGAUCCUAUUGCAGAGCACUUUGAAAGGGAAGAUUUUGAAAACUUGCCAGAAACCCCUGAAUUGGAAUUCUCAGUCUCCCCUCCUGCAUUUUCAGAAGCAACAAUUAUAAGGACAGAAGAAAAGCCUUCUUCCGGUUGUGAUGACAAAAGCUAUUUCAUGGAUAACCCACAUCAUCCUCAAACGAAGUUAAAAACUGAUAGUGGUAUGCUUGUAACUGCCAAUGAUUUGGUGGUUUCUUGUCAUUUGGGUGCACAAGCAGAAACUGGUGGUGAAAACCAAAAUCAUAGUAAGUUCGUUGACCAAGUGAGGACCAAGAACGUCUCACGUCCUGUUUCAGCGCCGGCAAGGGUUUCUGAUCUGAAAGAAACUGGCGUAGGAAUGAUCAACAAAACACGCCAGACCACAGAGAUGCCUCGUUUGGCAGGGGCAUUUUUUGCAUCACGGUCAUCAAGUAAUAUAAUGAGGCCUCGAACUUGGCAUCGAACUGAGAACUCUUCUGGUUCUGCUUUACAAGGACAAACUAUUCUUUCCAUUGGCGCUCCUUCAGGAAAACAGGCAUCAAAAAAAUUUGAAAGGCAUCAGAGUACCUCUUAUAUUCGUAAAGGAAACAGCCUGGUGAGGAAAUCAGCUGCUAUGUCCACCGUCAGCAGGGCAUCAUCAAUUGGUCAGGGAGUCUUUGCUAAUCUAACAAUGCCAGUGGGAAAUCCCUUGGAUAAGAAGUCCUUACCUGUGGGAAGAUAUAACAUCAAGAACAGUGAAAGUUGUGAGACCAAGAAAGGGACUACAGAUCCUUUGGCUGGUAGUAGAACUGGUAAUACAACUUUGGAAAGCCCGAAUAUACUUCCUCUGAACCAAGGUGGCAAAUCAUCGAGCUCCACCGGUAAAUCUCCUAAGAUUUCUCCCUAUUUGACUUCUUCUGCAACUGGUAUAGGUAUUGCAACAUCUAGGAUAUCAGAUUCUAGUGGACUUAAGAGUGACUAUGCACAGCAAUCCAUCAGAGAUGCUGAAGAUUCACCAGUUGAUUUGCUUGUUAGCAAAAUGUUGACUGGGAGGAGUUUCUCAAAUGAAGAAUUCUUGAAGCCCUCUGCACCCAAGCAGAUGACAUAUAUUAAGCCAAAGCUGAAUCAGUUGGUUGCUGCCCCCAAAACUAAUAUAUUGAGCUCAUCUGUAAACAACAAUCAAAAGACUCAGACGCUAUCGCAGUUUCCUCUACCUAAUUCCUAUGUCAAGAGGAAGAAGAAUCAGCUUGUCCGGAGUGUUGAUGCUUCAGUGAAUAAAAAUGCUCAUGCUUCUGAUGCUUCUGAUGAUGGUUGUUUUUCUGGUGCAGAGGAGAAGAGCCUUCCUAAGCUGCUUACUGAAAAUCCAAGAAAUUCCAUUCACAUAAAGCCAAAUAAAGGGAACAAGAUGUCGACUCGUUCAAAGUCCUCUUGGGUAUGGACCCUCAAUGGGGCACGUUCAUGGCAGGAGGAUACCCCGUCCUUGCAUUUAAGUAAGGUUCUGCCUUCUCUAUUUCCUUGGAAGAGAAUGAUAAGCAGAAGGUUUGCAAGAAAUGGGAGGCUGGCGACAGUUGCAAACAAGAGUUCCUGGUCUUUCAUCAGCAAGAAACUGCAGCUUCUGCGAAAGAGGGAUACAGUUUAUACAAGAUCAAGGAGUGGUUUCUCUUUAUAUAAAUCAGGUGUUCUCAGUAUUGGAGGAUCCAAUCUGAAGUGGUCCAAAUCAAUUGAGAGACGCUCAAAACGGGCUAAUGAGCAAGCUACACUGGCUGUUGCUGCCUCAGAUAGAAAGAAAAGAGAGAAGAGAUCUCUUAGAAAUGUUACCUCUGCAAAAGAUAAGAAGCAUAACUCUUGCGAGGCAAUUUCAGAUAUUGAACUGUGCCCAGGGGAGCGUAUUUUCCGCAUUGGUUCAGUUCAUUACAAAAUGGAUUCUUCUAGGCAGACCCUUCUGAGAAUUUCUGAUACAGACAAGGAACCAUCACGUCAAGCUGAAUGCUCAACAGGAGCUGUAAGUGGGACCAGUUUUAUUCCUAGGAGAUUGUUGAUUGGGAAUGAUGAAUAUAUCCGAGUUGGUAACGGUAACAAACUUGUUAGAAAUCCAAAGAAAAUGAGUCGUGUUUUGGCAAAUGAAAAAGUUCGGUGGAGUUUGCACACUGUUAGAACACGCUUGGCAAGGAAAAAACAAUACUGCCAGUUUUUCACAAGGUUUGGCAAAUGUAACAAGGAAGGUGGUAAAUGUCCAUAUAUUCAUGAUCCUGAGAAGGUAGCUGUUUGCACAAAGUUUCUGAAAGGAUGCUGCUCCCGUACUAAUUGCAUGCUGACUCACAAGGUUAUUCCAGAGAGGAUGCCAGACUGCUUAUACUUUUUCGAAAGCAUGUGUACCAACGAGAAAUGUCCUUAUAGGCAUGUAAAUGUUAACCCAAAAGCCUCUGUUUGUGAUGGAUUUCUCAAGGGUUACUGUGCUGAUGGUGAUGAGGUAUGCCAUAUUUUGCAUGACAAUUACUAGACUCUAGAUGGGAGACUUUGUGCAUGUCGUUAUGUAUUUUUAGGCUGUGAAAAAUGCAUCAUCAUUAUUUUAUAUGCAAGUUAUUCUUUUCAUCUCUUUAAUUGAUGUUGAGUUAUAUAUUGGUCUUGGGAUUUCAAUAUCACAGCUGGUACACUCUUAUAAAAAGAUUUGUGUUUGGCCGGCUACUUGGAUGCGCUGUUUGUUGUUCUCUGUUGGUUUUAUUGUAAUAUUUGCAUGUAUCAUUUUUACAGUUGUAAUUUGAAUAGACUUUCUAAAGAAAACCUAGUUUGUGAUCUUUUUCUCUGAAAAAGUGACAAAUUUGAAAAGACAUGAAAAAUAAGAAGUAUGUACAAAAUUAAUUGUAGAUCAAUUAUAAUUGUUUUAGUCAAAUUUAAAUCAUUAUAUAUAAAUUAAACUCAUACAUUCCCACGGAUUUUGGAGGUGUUCCAGCUUGGCAGCAUGUCAAGUCCAAGUGAAUUGGGCGGAGUCCAAGUCGAUGCCCGGCCAAAAUUGAGGCGUGCAUAACAUUCAAGGGCCCGCAUACAAUGGGGAUUCACUGCUAUGAUCAUGUCUUUCGCAGCAAUAACUUUAUAUAAAAUAGUGUUAUUUUUAUUUACGAAGCCUUAGCAAUUGCUUAGUUUAACGC